AUUUCACUUGGAUUUUAAUUUUAGAAUAUGGAUGCAUUUUGUGCUUAUGCUUCUUCAUCCUCUUCCUCUUCUUCCAGCUUCUUGGCUAAAAAAAAUGACCAAUCUGAGCAUCAAAUUGUGAAGAGGGAAUUUUCGACUUAUUCUAAUAAUAAUAACAACAACAUUCAUUGUGUUCGGAAGCCGAUGGCGAAGCCGUGGAAGAAGCCGGCGAUUGCACCACUGCCACCCACUCGGCCCAGGGUUUACAAAGUCGACCCAAUUAACUUCCGGGGUUUGGUUCAGAAGCUUACCGGCUUGGCCGAGCUCCGAUCUCCACGGCUCCAAAAAAUGGCGCCACCACCGCUUGAUAUUUCCCGGCGCCAAGACGCUUGCUCUGCCGCCGUGGAAGACACGGUGUUUAAGGCUUCGCCGCUUUUGAAGGUGGAGAAUGAGGCGGUGGACGGUGGCGGCUUUCUUGAGCUCAAUUUGUCGCCCUUCAACAAGAAUUGGUGCUCUUUCCCUGCUUUGAGCCCGGAGACUCUGGCCAUUUUGGAUGCAAUUUAGAUUAUAUUUUAUUAUAUAUCUAUUUUUUUUGUUGGAUGAUGAGGGAAAAAUUAAAUUUUCAAAGUUGGUAAUAAUGUAAUCAAAAUAACCAAACAAAUACAUGGAGAGAUCAUGGGCAUAAGGUUCUCCAAAUUUGGUUCUAUAUUUAUAUUUGUGAAAGAAUAUUUAUGAUUUAUAUGAUUUUUU